CAUUGGAAUCUAAGACCUUGCUUAGCCAGCGGUGCUUCCAAUGGUCUAACAAGGAGGCUUCCGGUCUGUCCCACGCGUCUUGCUUGCUUGCUUAACCCCUUCCCGCCUCUACUGCCUGCCUGGGUCAUGGCCUCUCCCAUGAUGGAGCCGCUAGUGGGCUCCAAAGACCACCCUCCGGCCUUCGCCGCCGCGCCGGACGUGCACGGCGGUGCCACCACCGAUGAGAGCAGCACCGUCGUGGACAAAGGCACAGACGCCGAUGAGAGCCGCAGCACUGGCGUGGCCAGUGCACGCGCCGGGGAGAAGUCUAACGACGAGGACGUAGAAGAGGAUGAGAUGUCGGCGUCUAUGCAGCGCCGGAUGGAUGAGAGCAGUGCCGUCGAGAAGGAGGAGGAGGUGUGUGAUGACGCGGAGGCCGUCGAGAUGGCGGCGCGCAUGGAGCAGCGCCUGGGCGCGCUGCCCGGGAAGGCGCACGAGAGCGAGCCGUUCACCAUCUUCCGCGUGGCUGGGCCCAUGCGCGAGCGCAACCGCCACCUCUACGAGCCGCAGAUGGUCUCCAUCGGCCCGUUCCACCGCGGCGCCGGCCGGCACCUCGCCGCCAUGGAGGAGCACAAGUGGCGGUGCCUCCGCGACCUCCUCGCGCGCAACCCGGACGCGCCGCUCGCGACGUACGUCCGCGCCGCGCGCGAUCUGGAGCCCGAAGCGCGCCGCCGGUACGCGGAGCCCGUGCCGCUGACCGCGGACGAGUUCGCCGAGAUGCUCCUCCUCGACGGCUGCUUCGUCGUCGAGUUCUUCCUCAAGGGCGAGGACAGGGCCGACGACGCGCUCAUCGACGCCGCGUGGGCCAUGCAGAACGUGUACAACGACCUCUUCCUCCUCGAGAACCAGCUCCCCUUCUUCGUCAUCGAGCGCUUCUACGACAUCGCCACCGGCGGCCUCGGCCGCGACUACUUCGUCACCAACCUCCUCGUCAAGUACCUCACCGUGGAUUUCGGGACCGCGAAGGACGGCGACAGCGCGCGAUCCCCAGACGGCGAGAUCCACCACCUGCUGCACCUGUACUACCACUGGUUCUUGCCGCCGGAGGACCGGGCCAAGAGCGGCACCAGCAGCAAGGACGAGGAAGACGCCGCGUUCGAUGAGUUGAUGGCGAAGCCGGUGGACGAGCGCGUACCGUGGCAGUUGCGUUCGGCGUCGGAGCUGCAGUACGCCGGCGUGACGUUCCGGGCCAAGAAGUCGGCGCGGAGCCUGGUGGACGUGACCUUCCACAGCCGCGACGGCGUGCUCGAGAUCCCGGCCGUGGAUAGGUACACCAACCAAGCCCUCUUCGCGAAUCUGCUGGCGUACGAGCAGAGCCGGGGCCGGUGGGAGCUGCAGCGGUUGGUGAGCUACGUGCUGCUGAUGGCGUCGGUGGUGGACGCGCAGCGCGACGUGGAGAUCCUGCAGCAGGCCGGCGUGUUCACGAAGGGGGACGAGGAGACGGCGGCGUUCUACUCGCACCUCGGCGAGCUGUGCCCGCCGCCGGAGUUCGUCAACAACUGCUACAACGACCUGUUCCGCGACGUCAGAGAGUACUGCGGCCGCAGCUGGAACCGGCACCGCGCCGUGCUCGUGCACGACUACUUCAGCAACCCGUGGACCAGCAUGUCCGCCGCCGCAGCCGUCGUCCUGCUCGUCCUCACCGUCGUGCAGACCGUCUACACCGUGCUGCCCUACUACAACCCCAGCCCGGGAUAAUCAAGCAUGCAUUCACACGACCAACCACUCGUCUCGAUGCUUCUUGCAAGAGUAAAUUUGUAAUUGCGUAUCAUCGAAACUCUUCCUGCGAUCCCAAAUAAUUGCUCAAGCCAUUUCUGACAAGAUUGCUUGA